CGCGCUGGUUGUAUAUUAUACAGCAGCUUACCAGGAGGAGAGCACUGCAUGCUCCACGUUUGCCAUAAAGCGAAAAAAUUAUCGAUUUUCAACUGCAAGGACCGCAUGCAGUCAACGUAUAAUAAAGAGAUUUUUAGACGGAGUUGGUGCUUCACUCGGGAAAAAACUUUGUAAGCGUCUCAGAAGUGGGUAGGAUUUUAUCGGAUAGAACAUAUCAGAUUUUCAAACAAACAUUUUCGUGUUAAUAUUGUGAGAAUUUGUAUACGAGUAGUAGAAAUAAGAUCAGCGCUUCUCAUAGCACGCAACAGCUGCACUACUUAUAAAAUCUUGCCAAAAAAGGAAGCUAGCUCUCCUUUUUCGACCCACUGUUUUAUUCUGUGCAUAUUGUUUAUUUAUCCGGCUGCUGAUAUUUGAACCAAAUGGGAAAAUUUUCUAAGUCGACGUUCCACGAUGUCCUCAACCGCGAUCUGAACUGGGCCUAUCAUGAGAUCAUUACGGAAGCCUUGUGCGUACUGUGGAUCGGAUGCCAGCUUUCGUUAAAAUUCGGUAGUCGAUUUUUUUCGGAAUGGGAGUUGACGCGCAUCGACCCGGACAAGUACACGGAUCUGGAUCGUCUUCUAUGGCUGUUGCUUGGCCAGAAUUUAACCGGCUGCGCGUGGGAUGACGUGGUCUCCCAUUGGAAACCCUCGCUGCCGCAGACGGUCACCAAUACGGCUACAGUGAAUCCGAGCCGAGCCAACGCCGGCUACAUCGGAGCAUUCGCGAUGGUCGUCAUAACCGUGCUUCUCGGCGUCUCUGUCCUCUGCUCAGCGUGUGUCAACCGCCACUGGAGAAUUCCCCGCUGGACACAGCAUCUCCGCAACUGCCGCCGAUUUACGACCUGGUGCGGCUUCCGUACGACCUGCAACGGCGAGGACUGGGGUUUUGAAGUGGAUGCGAAUCAGUCCAUUUGGGGUUCAACCAUGUUUAGCGUCUUGGUCUUUUAUGCUGGGAUAUUUGUGUUCUCGGGAUUGUGGCUGGUCUUCUGCGCUUUGCCGGUGGUCAUUGUGGCGGGACUGACCGUUGCCUGCAUCGGCCUCCACUGCAGCGAAGAAGCGGUAUUCCCGGCCAGUGUUGUGGUCUUCUGUCUGCUGGCAGUGCACUGCACCGGCAGGAUUUGGGGGCUGUGGAUGAACGGAACGUAUCUGAUGCAGUUCCAUGAAAUGAUCAGGAAUGUUACGGGAGUGCGGCUCAUCUUCCAACCUUUCACAGCAAUUCAGUCACAGGAAGCUGCACACAAGACAGAAGCAUCGGCUGACAAUCCGUCGCCCGUUAGUCGCCUCAAAUGGCUAUCCACUUUAAUAAUGGUUGUGGCCCCAGCUUUUUACUGCGUGCUUAACCACUGCCUAGAUAUGCUGCCUAGAGUGCCGGUCUUUAAAGUUUGGAUGGAUUCUUUCUCCGGUUGGAUGAAUUCAUUGAUUUCAUUCAUUUCGUUUUCAUCACUGGCCAGUGCGCAAAACGAGUCGACAUCUGUUCCGGAAUCGACAUCUCUACCGUAUUGGACAUACCUCACGUGUACCGAGUGUUGUGACAACUACGAAACGGGAAUGAGCCAAGCAACGGUGAUGCUGUCGUACUAUGUGGAUCUACACUAUCCACGUUGGAAGACCACGUAUCCGGCUCUCUUGGCGCUGUUCGACACGGUCUUUUCGCCGGUAACGGAGCGCCUCUAUGUGGCGUGGAUGGGGAUCGUUGGGACGGUGGUCGGCUUGCCGAUAAUUCUCCUCGUGAUGGUCGGAGUGGCAUCUUGGAUCUACAUCUUUGGCUUCUGUGUACGCAGUUUACUGCAGUGCAUCUGGAAGCCAAAACCAAAAGAAGCCGUAGUUGAUCUGGAAGAACAUAAAGAGGAAACUGCCAGCCCUGAUAAGUCAGAUGGGCCGACCAGUACAAAACCCUUCUGUGUGUGCGUUAUGUGGGCGGACUGGGAGCGUUGCAUCGUGGUGACACUCUCCCGUGGGCUAUUCUGGGCACUCCUCCCGUAUCCGGUGCUGGGGCUCAUUGUCCCGGAGCAGUUCCAUCUGCCUGCAUUACUGGUGCUGCUAAGUGUCAUUGAACUGGGGCUUUGCUGUUUUGCGUGGAAGUCCAUCUGGAUUGCCCGGGGGGAAAUGAACAAGGAUUGUUGCGAACACGCUCGUUGUGUGAAAGCGCCACCCGAAGAGGAUGAUGCACCGCUGCUGACAGCUGACACCGUGAUGUUGGCUCUUUAAACGUGACCUUCUAAUAGAUACAUCCCCUGCGCCGUUUUAAUCAGUUCUGUGUCAUAAACUGUUUAAGAAGAUUCCUAUUUUUUUCCUGUUUAAAUAUCGCUGAACGCGUUGUCUUAAUAGUGUAUGCUUAUGUGCGCGUACGCACCCGUGCGUUAUUCUCAUUUUACUGAUUCUUGUCUGGAUCUUAGUAUUGUUCUCACUGUUUCAUAAGUUAAUCGAAACGCUUCAUGGAUUUUAAUAUUAUACCACCAAAAAUUUGUUUGAUUAUGUUGUCUGGCUUUCAACAAAUGUUAUUAAGUAAUUACUUUUUACAUGGUGUCAUAUAAGAAUGUUACAUUACCGCAAAAAAAUUUGUUAGUGUCGUGAAAGGCCAUCAGC